UAGAACCUGAAACCAUUUGAAAUAGUGCGCUACUUUCACGAUGUCCAAGGCUUCAGAAGAAAGAAAGGUUUCUAAAAGUAUAUUGAAAAAGUCUAGUGAUCAGGCACCUCAGAAAAGCUUCCAGUGGGAUGAAUCAAAUAUUCUAGCUACCUAUCAUCCCGCUGAUAAGACGUAUGGUCAUAUGAAAAUUGAAGAACCAAAAACACCUUACGUUUUUGAUUCUGAAGAUGGUUCUACCGUCACUUCUGGACCAUUAUUUACUGCAGAAGAUUUAGCUGCCAGGCUUUCUGCGGCUUCAAAGGAUCCCGACCAGCAGCUGCCAAGUGCCACAAAAGUUGACCAGGAGGAAGAUGAACAUCAGAGAAAAUUUCGUGAAAAACGGAAGCAACAUUACAACGAAUUUUUGGCCGUAAAGCUAGCUAAAGAAAGUUUACAAAAUGAUGAUGAAGAGGAAAAUAUUGAAAAGGAAGACGAAGAUGAAGAAGUUGAACAUAAUGUUGAGCAGGCAAUGAUUAAUGCACGAUUAAAUGCUGAAAUUUCCCGUUUAAGUCGAAACACGGAGAAGCCUAUCUCUAGUAUUUUGAGAAAUCAGGAUUCUUCAAGAUCUCACCUAUAAGAGAUUCAAGAUAUUAAAGAUUUUCGAAUUUCUCUAUUUAUAUGUACAAAUAUUCGUUUACUUCUGUCCAGUUCUCUCAGACUUGGCCAUUUUAUGUUAUGGUCACAAGCCAUGAUACAAUUGUUUGACUUUCUUUUAUUCGACAGUAUUCAUACGCUGUCUUAGAACUUAUAUAUUCUAAGCUACCGCCACGCAAUUCGACUAAUAAAUUCAAAAAUGUUCAUAAUUUCUUUGUUGCAGAGUCACAGACCGUUUCCACAUUGUAAAAUAAACCAAUAUAAUACGAAUUCUACUAAUCUCAUUGAACUUUUUCAUAAUAUGAUUUUUGUUUCGUAAUUUUUGAAAUUUAUACUUCAGAAAAGAAUGGACAAUCGUUCGGCUUCUCUAAGGCAGAAAGGUGUACUGUUUACCUGAACAACUUAGCCUUGCAUUGCUGUAGAAUAUAUGUCUAUAUUCAAGUCUAUAAAUGUUUUGUGGAUAUAGUAGAGAUGCAUGUCUGGUUUCCAUGAAAAUACAAACGUACUGUACCAC